AAGCGUGUCUCGUGAAUGACACUGGCUUAUAAAAACCAACACAGAGAGCACAUACUGUACUGCAACACUAGUUCAUCUAUAAUCAGCAGAACUAAGACCUUUGACACAAUGCUUCUCUGGAGUGUGUUUGCACUCGCUCUGCUUCAUAUGAGCUCCACCUGCAGUGUGUCAGAUGAGAUCUGUACGAACCUGACCGCAGUGCAGGAGGAAAUCAUCAACAUCCACAAUACGUUUCGGAGAGAAGUCGUUCCGACCGCUAGCAACAUGCUUAAGAUGAGAUGGAGCGACGAAGUGGCCGCAACGGCUCAGACGUGGGCGGACACCUGCGCGAUGGCUCACGGCCCGCCCAGCAGCCGCAUGCUCGGAUCUUAUCAAAUGGGGGAAAACCUGUUACAAAGCUCUAAUAUAAUGUCCUGGACGGAUGUCGUGACAGCAUGGCAUAAUGAAGUGGCCAAUUACAAUUAUCCCACAGGGUCCGCCAACGGAAAGCCCAUCGGUCACUACACACAGGUGAUUUGGUUUGGCUCGUACGAGGUCGGCUGCGGCGUGGCAAAGUGCGGGAGUGCAUAUUUCUACGACUGCCAGUAUUACCGAGCAGGGAACUACAGAAGAGUGCCUCCGUACUCUUUGGGAGAACCCUGCUCGGCCUGUCCGGAUGACUGUGAUGACAAACUAUGCACCAAUCCUUGCCCUUAUGUCGACACCUUCGCCAAUUGCCCUGCCUUGAAAACAAAGGGCCCGUGCAGCGACUACAUGAAAGAAUGGUGCACGGCUCAGUGCUUCUGUCCCACCGAGAUCAUUCCUACAAACUAGAAAAAGAAGACAGGAUGCACUGCAAAUCUGUUUUCAACUCCCAGUCUGUCAUCCCUUUGUCAUUUUCUCUCAAGCAAUCAGGAUAUUUUUAUACUUUAUUUGCUGUAGUGAAUAACGUGAAUAGGACUGUACUUUCAGUGGAUUAUCACUUGUCACCCCUAAUGAGAUUAUAAGUAAAAACUUGUACACAAAGCAUUAAAAUGUGACCAAGAUUUGAUUUGAAAUUAUUUAGAAAUUCUAACUUUUAAACUUUUAAAAGUCUUCUUUGAUGAAUGGUUUCCAACAUUAAACCUAAUGCAGUUCAACAA